UUGGAAGCACUGAGGAAGUGCAGGAGCAGUCCCAACCCAAGUGAGUCAGUCAGUCCAUCAGUGCGCCCAGAGAGACGCGCACACCGCCUGCUCGCAAGCAGCAUCUGCGCAUCCACAGCCUUUUUUUUUUUGGGGGGGGACACAAACAACUCCUCAUGUAGACUCUCCGGGAUAGGAGGACCUUUCCCGGGUUUACAUUCCUGGAAUAAUUGAAUCCGAUGGUUUAGAGGGUCUCUUAAAGUUGAGGAGUCAGUCUUGCCUGAAGAAGAAUAUUUCAUCCAGAAAAAAAAAAUGACAGGAUUUACUCCCAUUUGCAUUUUUUUGGCGCUCCUCGCCACUUGCGUCUCUUCAGGCAGCAAGUCAAAUGUGCCGCGCCUCAGACUCUCCUAUAAAGAUCUACUGUCCACCAACAGGUCCUCCAUCUUCAGCGGGCAUCACGGCCAGCUGUCACUCUCAACUGUCUACCUGGAUGAGUACCGUGACCGUCUCUUCCUCGGCGGCAAAGACGUCAUGUACUCUCUUCUGCUGGGACCUGCCAGGAGCGAGUCCAAGGAGAUCUAUUGGCCCCCGUUACCUGGCCACCGAGAAGACUGCAUUCAAAGGGGGAAAGAGCCACAGACGGAAUGUGGCAACUUUGUGCGCCUCCUGCAGCCAUACAACCGCACUCACCUCCUGGCCUGUGGCACUGGCGCAUUCCAUCCUAUGUGCACUUUCAUCGAUGUGGGCCACAGAGGAGAGCACGUCUUCACUAUGGACCCGAAGAAUGUGGAGAACGGACGAGGGAGGGUCCCGCAUGACCCCAGCCUUCCUUUUGCGAGCACCUUCAGUGGCGGUGAGUUGUUUACAGGACUGACAGCGGAUUUUUUGGGAAGAGACUCUGUGAUCUUCAGAAGUAUGGGAGGUCGCUCCACCAUGAGGACAGAGACUGAUCACAAAAUCCUUCAUGACCCGAAGUUCGUGGCGGCACACCUCAUUCCGGACAACGACGACAGGGACGACGACAAAGUCUAUUUCUUCUUCACUGAGAAGGCCACGGAGGCGGGAGACAGGGAGGAGGCCAUUCACACGCGUGUUGGACGCGUUUGUGCGAAUGAUGUAGGAGGCCAGAGAGUGCUGGUGAAUAAGUGGAGCACCUUUAUCAAAGCCAGACUGGUUUGUUCUGUCCCAGGACCUCAUGGCAUCGAUACACACUUCAACCAACUGGAGGAUGUUUUCUUGCUAAGGACCAAAGAUGAGAGGAACCCAGACAUUUAUGCAAUCUUUAGCACAAUAAGUAAUGUCUUCCAGGGGUUUGCUGUGUGCGUUUAUCGCAUGGCUGAUAUCAGAGAGGCCUUUAACGGACCAUUUGCUCAUAAAGAGGGUCCGGAUUACCAGUGGGGAGCCUACGAAGGCCGCGUCCCUUACCCCAGACCAGGAGUGUGUCCCAGUAAAAUCACCAACCAGCCUGGCCGGGAGUUCGGCAGCACCAAAGACUUCCCCGACUAUGUGCUCCAGUUUGCCCGCAGCCACCCGCUGAUGUGGCGGCCGGUGCACCCUGCCUUGCGCCGACCGGUGCUGGCCAAAGCCAACGUUCCUUACAGGCUAAAACAAAUCACGGUGGACCGGGUCGAGGCAGAGGACGGCCAGUACGACGUCAUGUUUAUCAGCACGGACAUUGGUACAGUUUUGAAGUUCAUUGCCCUCCACGGUGGAAACAGUCUAGAAAUGGAAGAGGUCACACUGGAGGAGCUUCAAGUUUUUAAAGUGCCAACCUCAAUUACAUCAAUGGAUAUAUCAGUCAAAAGGCAAGCCCUGUACGUGGGCUCCCCGGCAGGCGUGGCCCAGGUGAAGCUUCAUCGCUGCGAGACCUACGGGAAGGCUUGCGCCGAGUGCUGCCUGGCCAGAGACCCUUACUGCGCCUGGGAUGGCUCGUCCUGCGCGCGAUACGUCCCCAACAGUAAACGCCGUUACCGAAGGCAGGACAUCAGGCACGGAAACCCGGCGCUGCAAUGUCUGGACCAGAAUUUUAGUGAGGACCUGGAUGAAAUGGAGGACCGGGUGGUCUACGGCGCUGAGAACAACAGCACUUUUCUGGAAUGUGUUCCUCGCUCCCCACAAGCUUCUGUCAUCUGGCUGGUUCAGCGCGAUGAGCGUAAGGAGGAGGUCAAGAUGGACGAUCGGGUCAUGUCUACAGAGCAGGGCCUCCUCUUCCGUCGUCUCCUGAACCAGGACGCCGGUGUGUAUAUCUGCCGCUCCAGAGAGCAUGGCUUCAGCCAGACCCUCGCCAGACUCACCCUCGAAGUCCUCCAGGGUGACACCUUGGAUGAGUUGAUGGCACGGGACAACACCGGCCUUUCUGACCUACUCAAAGACAGAGCGAACUACAGGAACUGGAUGCCUUGUAGCUCAUACAACAGGUUGAGUCCCGUCGGCCAGUCGCGGAUGUGGUUCAAGGAUAUCAUGCAGACGAUCGGCCCGUCCAACCUGCCGAUUGUGGAGGAGUACUGCGAGAGGAUGUGGUGCAACGAGAAACUGAGGAGGAAGCACAAGAGCAUGGUGGAGAAAUAUCGGCAGGCCCAGGAGAGCGCCAGGAAGGCCCGCAGCAAGAGUUCUGGUGAGCGCAAACGGACACCGCGGGACCUUAGCGCACGGCAGAAGUGAUGGUGAAAACUCACGGAGGGGAACUCAAAGAGAAAAUACAGACAAUUAGCUGGAACUGGAUUUGUCAGGAGGUGGGGCCGUAAGAAAGUAGAUGCUUGCUUCUGAGUAUCACCCCUCAAAAAGGAUUUAGGGUGGCCAAAUUGUCGAGAGGAAUUCACUGGCCCCCGCGGGACGUGAUGAUGAGAUCAAUUGAGGAUGUCUUUAAGAAAGCUCGGGACGCACAUAGCGGAUGUCGACAUUUAGGUUAGCAUUGGACCUGUUUAACUAUGUAUUUAUGGGCCGUGCCCGAGCUUUGUUUCUUCACUUUGCGGUCCAGUUCUCAGAGUUCAGCAUCAUCUCCGCUGGACCCCAAAACGCCGACGUCGUUAGCUCGACUAGCUAAUACAGAAAGCUACAUACAAACGACACGUUGAUGGUUCAACAUCAUUAGAGGCAACUAGCUAAACGUCAUUAGCUCAACUAGCUAAUACUGAAAGCUACAUACAAACGACACGUUGAUGGUUCAACAGAUUAUGAGCACUUUGCUUUGUUUUCACUGCUGAGCACUGAGCUUUUCGUUCCGUAGGAGGCGCUAGAGAUCUCAAUGCUUCUUCGCUAAUCCUUAACUAAUGCCGAACAUUGUUCACUUGUUUCCGCAAUGCAGUCCAGUUUAUUUAGUUCAAGUGUGACAUUUACCGUAAGCGUCCAAAAUCAAUAGACAAAAAUGAUAGGUGACAAUCUUCAUUGGUUUACUUUCCACGACGUAUUUUCAUAUUCACGAAUUCGACUUUUGAAAACUCGGCGGCGGAAUCAUCUAAAUUAUUUUGAAUCAACAUUGGAGAUUGGCGUAACAAUCCGUGAAUUGAUCAUUUUGGUCUAAUGUGUUGAAAUGGUUCCCAGAAUGUUCUUGUUUAACAGAAUCAUUUGUUUCUCUCGUGGACAAGUAGACGCGACAUCAUCAGAAAUGUCGAGUGUGGCCUCCUCAUUGCGAUAGUUACUGCUCACGUUUGUGUCAAUGUGUAUUUAUGGGAAUAUGUUCCAAUCUGGAAGCCCUCUAAUGGCUCACAACUGGAAGCUUUUAUUGUAGAAAUGAAAGACUUCAAGAGGAAAGAAUGAAAUCAUCAUAUAAGCAUUUUGUUUUAGACAUUUCUUUCAUUCAGACAAUUCUUCACUUUAUGGCUUCUCCUUGGUACAAGCACACUCAAAGCACAUUUGACACUAGCGGUGUUUAUUUUUCUUGUCUAGGGGACGGUGAGGUUGACUAUUCGACUCCAAUUAAGGUGUUUUCUCUGCAAAUAUUGCUCCCAAAAAAGCUGCUUGACAGGAGGAUGGUGAAAGAUCAAAUGUGACGUUUUGAAACGAGCCCAACUGCAAGAACUAUUUCGCUGAAAGUGUGUCAUAAUUUUGUGCCAAAUGUUAAAUUAUACUUCAUGCACCUAAACCAACAGCACAAUUUACAACUUGUGCUCUUAACUUAUCUUCUCCCUCCUUUAAUUGCAGUCUUUUUUUCCAAUGGAACUUUUAAAGGUUUUGUUGCUUUUAUAAGAACACAAUAAUAAACAUAAAACAAUGACCUUGUUCCCUAUCUGUAGCAAUGGGGGAAAAAACAUAAAGGUGCAGGCUGUCAAGUGCAUGCCAAUGCAACAGGUGGCGCCGAUAGGGUGUUAAGGCCGUUUAGCCAAUCAGAAGCCUGGAAAAAGUCAUGUCUGGGGAAGGCCCGUUUCGAACAAUGGCAAUGGGAGGAAAUGCACGAUCAGAAGAGAAAAAAACAAAACGCACUUGACUAUAAAGUUAACAAAAUAAAAAAGGAAAACAAAACAAGGCUACAUAUUCAAAUUCCACUUCCAUUUAACGAAAAAAAAGGCAUUUUAAUUAAAAAAAUAUAUAUCCGUGGUCCUGUGGUGUUGCACGGAAAUUGAAGGUAUGAUUGCUAAAGCUAAUGCUACUAUGUAUAUAAUAGAAGGCAAGCGCUACAAAUUUGCUUUCCCUAAUUGUUUGGUGUCUGACAUUUGAUAUGGAAUAAAACACACGCUUAAAGAAUGAACAUUAAUUGCAUAUUGUUGUAUCUACUGCUAGCCUACACUUUUGUCAGUACAGCAUUUGCGUAUUUUCAAACAGUGUAACGAUGUCAGAUGUGGUGUUAGUGAUAAAAAAAAAAAAAAAAAAGUGUUGUGAUUGUCUACCAUUUUUUUAAUACAAAAAAAUAAAGCACACAAUUUCCUGCA